GUCCCGUUGGAAAGAAGUGAUAAGAUUUCCCACCAAAAAUGUCUCUCGCUGUGGGUGGUGUGUCUGUUAUUUCCCUCGAUUUGGUGCGUUUCUGGUGAUUUCCCGCCCGAGAUCUAACACGUAGCUGCCGGAGUAGGAUCUUUUGGCCCCGUGUAGGCCUCACAGGGACGCCCGCCGCCAGACCCGAGCCCAGAGACCCAAUCCAAGCCCCGACGUGGGACUUUUCAAUAAGCCAAUAGCAGUAGCCCGAAGAGAGUGGUUGGAGGUGGAUGUGUGCUGCUCCGUGUCAACUCCCGCCCCGCCAUCUCGUGUGGAUAUCCUUGGAGCUCGUCACCCGCACCGCCCCUCACGGAUACCCACACGCCCGCAUGUGACGACCUGGGCUCACUCAUUAUCGGGCAGACACUCACCCGCUCUCACUCACUAACUCACCUCAAGAAAAUUAGUGUGUUGGCGUGCGUGUUGGAGGGAGUGUGUUGGUGGUGCGUGUGUCUGUUUGUGAGCCUUCAGCGUGUUUUCUGACUUGCACUACUACUACUACUACUAUUGUUACUAUUUCUACUGCUGCUGUUGCUAAUAUACUACUACUACUAUUACUACUACUGUGAAGACGGAGUAGUAACGGCGUGUGUUUGAACGGAGAAAGAAAAAAAAAUUGAGAUAAAUGAAAUGAAGUAAUGAAUUAACAAGGAAGAGAAAAAUACAUGUAAAGAAAAUUGAGGAUUCCCAAAGAAACGUGAAUUCCAAGAGAUAAGAAUAUACACACACUCACUCGUACACAGGAAACAGACACCCACACCUAUACACACACACAGUCACACACACACACACAAGUUUGUUCCUGCUUCUGCUAGGCUGCUGCUGUUAGUCCUUGUGUGGUGUGUAGUGGUGAAACCUUGAAACAACUCCCCACCCACCACACACACACGAGGCAGCGAAGUGGAUGAGAAAUGCAAGCGAGGAGCGAGUUACCUUAGUAAAUCCACUACCACAACCACCACCACGCCUACCACCACAGCCUCUACUCUAACCACGACCACUACCUCCCGCCACCAUCACAGCCAUAACCACCACCGCUAUCACCGCAGCAGGCCGAGGGGAGCAGUAGCCGUGCCCUCAGCGGAGUGUGCGUGUGCGUGCGUGCAUGAGUGGGUCUGCGGUAGUGGUGGACGAGGUGUGUGGAGGAGGUGGAGGUGGAGGAGGCGGCGGCACCUUACUCCCCUGCACUAUAGUGGAGUCCAACUUGAGACGCUUGCUCGGGCGGAACCUCGCAGGGUCAGGCGCCGCCGCCGCCCCGCCGCCGCCCGCCCGUGACCUGCCUUCAGUCAAGACGGCAGACGCACGCAAGGUGUGCCGCGUGUGGGCUGGGCCGGGCGCCGCCGUGUGCUGGGUGGGAGCCGCCGCCACAGUGGAGGCUCGCGGGGCCGCGUCCGGGGCCCUGCCGCCUCAAGCCCCUGCCAACCCCGCCCCUGCCCCGGCCCCCGCUCCAGCUCCUCCCCAGGCUCCCCCCCCACCGCCUCCCCCCCCUCAGCAGCCACCACCACAACAGCCGGGCCACGCGGCGGGCGCCCUCCCUGCCGCCGCCCCCCCUAACCCCCCGCAUCUGGCCCCUCAACACCCGCAAGCGGCGGCGGCGGCAGCCGUAGCGGCGACGCCCCAGAGACACCAAGGCCCGCCGCCCCUGGCCGCUGCAGCGGCGGCGGCGGCGGCACACGUGGCGGGGGCGGCCCACCCCGCGGAGGUGCUCAUCCCGCCUGCCCACCACCCCGCCAUGGUUGGCCACGCCCACUCAGUUUUGGGCGGGGGCGGCGGCGGCGGCGGAGGCGGUGGCGGCCACGUCAGCUCGGGUGCCUCCAGCAUGUCUGUGUCGCGCGUGCCCUCCCCGCUGCCCGCCGAGAACAACAUGCCCGUGGCGGAGAACUGGUGCUACACACAGGUGAAGGUGAUAAAGUUCAGCUACAUGUGGUCCAUCAACAACUUCAGUUUCUGCCGCGAGGAGAUGGGCGAGGUGCUCAAGUCAUCCACCUUCUCCGCCGGGGCCAACGACAAGCUGAAGUGGUGUCUGCGAGUGAACCCCAAGGGGCUGGAUGAGGAGAGCAAGGACUACCUCUCGCUGUACCUGCUGCUCGUGUCCUCCAAUAAGUCUGAGGUGCGGGCCAAGUUCAAGUUUUCCAUCCUCAACGCCAAGAGAGAGGAAACCAAAGCCAUGGAGAGUCAGCGCGCCUACAGGUUCGUGCAGGGCAAGGACUGGGGCUUCAAGAAGUUCAUCCGCAGAGACUUCUUGUUGGAUGAGGCUAAUGGACUGCUGCCGGAUGACAAGCUGACCCUCUACUGUGAGGUGUCGGUGGUGGCAGACAGUGUCAACAUCUCCGGGCAGAGCAAUGCCAUUCACUUCAAGGUUCCUGACUGCCGCCUCUCUGAUGAGUUGGGCAGCCUCUUUGAGUCCCAGCGAUUCUCAGAUGUGACUCUGUCUGUGGCCGGCCGAGAGUUCCAGGCUCACAAAGCUAUCCUGGCAGCCCGGUCCCCUGUGUUUGCUGCCAUGUUCGCCCAUGAGAUGGAGGAGCGGAAGCACAACCGAGUGGAGAUCCAGGACGUGGAACAUGAAGUGUUGAGGGAAAUGCUCCGCUUCAUCUACACUGGCAAGGCGACCAACCUAGAGAAGAUGGCAGAUGAUUUACUAGCAGCAGCCGACAAGUAUGCCCUGGAGAGACUCAAGGUGAUGUGUGAGGAGGCCCUUUGUGUCAACCUCAGCACCGAGAACGCGGCUGACGUGCUCAUCCUGGCUGACCUGCACUCCGCCGACCAACUCAAGGCUCAGGCCAUUGAAUUCAUAAACACACACGCCACAGAUGUCAUGGAAACGCAGGGCUGGAAAUCCAUGAUCCAGUCCCACCCGCACCUCAUCGCCGAGGCCUUCCGAGCCCUGGCCACCCAGCAGAUCCCGCCCAUCGGCCCGCCCCGCAAGAGGAUAAAGGCCAGUCCCUGAACCUGGCCACAGACCCCACCCACAGACUGCCUCAGGCCUGCCCUGCCUGCCCCCAUGCCCCCCCACAGCACCCUCGCCCCACCCAGUGCCCUACUGUGGGUUGGGGGGUAUCUGGGGGGGGAGGGCGAGGGCGGGCCACCCUUCCCACCAGUCAAGAGUACAAUCCAGGGAGGCGCUCCCACCCACUCAGGAUGGCCGGACCGACCUCUCGGCCCACCGCGGCCCCACGGACCAAGAGACGAGGCCAACGCUUGAUCUCAGUGCAGACACAAGUGCACACACACACACACACACACACACACACACACACACACACACACACACACACACACACACACACACUUUGUAGCACUUCAUCAUGUACACAUACAGUCACUUGUUCACACACACACACACACACACACACACACACACACACACACACACACACACACACACACACACACACACACACACACACAACUUUCACCCGAGCUGCAUACGGCUUGCAGCGUGACCCUUGAGGACUCUGCUCCCCCUCCUCACCACACCCAGUACACCCACAACCCCUGGAGGCCUCACCCCCCAAACCCCCGAGGCCGCCCCACCCCUGCCCCGCCAGGACUCCCGGGGCACAUUGGGCAAGGAAGUGUGAAUCCUCUGCAAUGUACAAGGUUUACUUUAGUCUGUGCUUUCGUAGGUUAUAGAAAACGGACUCGUGGCUCAAGGAAAGCAGCCACUGGGACCCUCCUCGUCCUCCUCCUCCUUCACCACCACCACCACCUCCACCUCCUCCUCCUCCUCCUCCUCCUCCUCCUCCUCCUCCUCCUCCUCCUCCUCCUCCUCCUCCUCCCCUGGCCUGGUGACUGGUAGUGAGGGAGGGAAGGGAGUGACCAUCAACACAACCUCACAACCUCACAAGUGAAUGAGUGCUGAAAUCAGUGUGGAAAAAAAGGAAGGAAGAAAACAAAAUGAACAGAAAGUUUCCCAAAGAGAUGCCUCCCGGAGCAACCACCCACCCACCACUGCGCCCCCACACCCCCACACUUCCAUAACACCCAACCCCAUUCCCACACCCCAUCGCCCCAUCACCAGUGCACCACAGACUGAAACAAAAGGAAAAAGACAGACUAAGUUGGUGAUAAUCCUUCCCAUUCUCUUCCUCUCCACCUGUGCCCCCUCCAUGGCUCACCCCACUUCACGCCCCCAAACUGAAGACAGACGGUGCGUGAUUAGUACUGCCUCAGUGGAAAAUGUGAGUGUGGUGCAAGGAAACAGACAGACAAACAAUGGAAGGAUGGAUGGUGGAAAUGUGAGGCUAAUAAAGGAAGGAAUGAAGGAAGGAAGGAUGGGGGUUGGUAGAGACAAGUCCUGCAAGGGAUGUGCGUGCGUGUGUGUGUGUGUUUUUGUGCGCGCGCAUGUUUGCGUGAAAGGAAUUUGUUAUUUAUUCGUUUUUUUUUUUUUUUUUUUUUUUUUUUUUUUUUUUUUUUUGUAAAAAUUCUUUUUCUUCUGGAAAGCAAGGAAAUAAUGAGGAAAAUGUACUGAUGCAACUAAUUCAUUCUUUUGUUCCAUGUUGUUUGAUUUUUAUUUUGUAUAAAGCAAAGAUGUAGCCGGAGGUACAAUAUUACAGUGUUUUCCUUUGUUCGUUUGUUCGUUUGUUUGUUGUAGCUUUUUCAGCAUCAUCAAUCCUCAAUCAUUUUUAAUUUUAUGAUUUUUUUUUACACAGCAUCACCAUCAUUGUUGUCAAUUUUCUUUCAUUAUUACUUUAUUAUUAUUAUGAUUAUUAUUAUUAUCAUUAUUACUAUUCCUUCUAUCAUUGCUGUGUUGCUCCGCGUCCUCCUCCUCGCCUGACAUCACCAACCCCUGAUCUCACAGCAUCAGCAUCAUCAUCAUCAUCAACAGCAGCAGCAUCAGCAGCAUCAUGAGAGAAACCACCACUCUUGUGAGCAUUGUGCCAUGCCAGCGCCUCAGUUUCACGUACUUUUUUAUCAUCUUUUUUGUCUUGUUUUAUUUAUUAUUUUUACUGAUCUGUGGAGCCAGCCCUUCCCUCCUGCCUCCUCAUGUCCCCUUUAACUCAGUCAUUCUGCCAGCCCUGCCCCUCACACCUCACACCUCACACCUGUCUGCCUACUACCUCACUUCUUGGGCCUUGUAAUGACAUUCACUCACUCAAUUGAAUAAAUUGCUUCAAAUAUUCUCUCUCUCUCUCUCUCUCUCUCUCUCUCUCUCUCUCUCUCUCUCUCUCUCUCUCUCUCUCUCUCUCUCU